UUCAAGUAGGCACAGAUGAAAAUAAAUAAUUACUUACUAACCUUAGUAUUGUGUGUCGAAUAAUGUGAAAAAAAUCGAGCGAGAAGUGAGUGAGUGAACAGUGGUACCAAAGUCGAAAGUAUUGAUAUUUAGAAACAACUUUUCUGGACGUAUUCGUCAUACUUUUCACAAUCACUACAUUCUCCACCAUAAUGGGCCAGAUCGAUCACACGAAGUUCAAGCUCCCAAGACACGGGUACAGAAACAUGACCCUGACCCGCCGCUUCGAGCAGUCAGGGCCGUUAAGGUUCAAGGAUUAUAUCAUGAAGUUCCACCCAAAUGUGGUCUUCAAUAGAAUUGAGAAGAGGAAGAGAGCAGAAGGCCUGGAGACGUCGGUUAAGGAAGACUUUAAUGAAAUAUAUGAAGGUAUAGACCCCACUGACGAACUGCUCCGCCUCAACCUCGACUCUCUAAGCAGCGGCCGAAGAAAGUGGCGACCAUCAGGCACCCUCAACACAGAAGCCAUGAGCAAGGACACCUUCAGCUUACGGCACCGGCUGUUCGAACUCAUGCGGCACACGGUCUACCGAACCCGGAACAAGCUGGUCAUCAUGCAGGUCCUCAGAGAGAAGUACAGGAACUCCUCACUAUUUAAAAUGGGACUGCUGAUCAGCAAGAUGGAUACCGCAUGCAAGUCCUUCGCAGCGUUCAAUUACAGACUGCUCCACGCCUGCGUGACGAGGCAGCAGGGUCACACCACGCGACACGAGGUGCUAUCCUUCAUGACCGGCGAAGAGCGGCUCCUGAACAAGUGGUUCGAAAUAGACCUGCUCAUCGACUUGGUGCAAGAAAACGACAAAAACGCAAAAGAAACUGUCGAGAAGUUCUCCAAGGGCAGGAAGGAGAAGUGGAAGUUUAUUGAUUAAAGAAAUAAAUGAAGAAUUUAAUACCCUACCUUAUUUUGGGUCCUUAAAAAGCGCUUAAUCUUCUUCUUCUUGUCGUGUCGAC